UAUUACAAUUUUUGCUAGUUUCUUGGUCUGCCCCUCAAUUUUCUUGAAAGAAAAAACGCGAGGAAAAAAUAGGAAUGGGAACGAGAACAAAUUUCUACAAAAAUCCAUCGAUUUCUUACAAAAAGGACAUCAGUCUCACUUCUGUGCUUCAAAAUUUAAAAGCUUAUAACGCCGUAACCGGAAAUGCACCUGUAACCGACGAUGAAGAGCAGCAGAAAUCUGACACAUAUAAUCACAGGACUAGAAAGACGGGCAAGAAGCGUCAGACCGUAGAAUCUCCACCACGGCCUCAUACAAUUCAGGAGCAGAGCGGACCGAUUUCGCACCAGGAUUACAUAGACAAGAGAAGAAAAGAAGUGAGCUCUUCACAACCUUAUGAAACAUUGACUGUUGAUGUUUUGGGAGCUGCUCCUAGCUCGGUUUUGAACUUGGUCGACUAUGGAAGUGAUGAAAGUGAUGCAGAAUCUCAAGAGGAAAACCCCAAAGAUUCUGGUCUCACUACUGAAGUUGACAACGGGGUUAAGUCUAGAGAUGCGCAGCGUUUUCCUCUGCCAGGAGAACCUGUUUGUGUUGUAUGCGGAAAAUACGGGGAAUACAUAUGCAAUAAGACUGACGACGAUAUAUGCAGCAUGGAAUGCAAAGCUCAACUUUUGCAAAGUCUUAAACUUGCUGAGUCUGAGCUAAACAACCAAAAGCCAAAUGUUCCUUCCUCUAGAGUUAAUUGUGCCUUACCAAUUCCCGAGCUUGGGGAGGACACUUGGGACUAUAACCGCAAUCGCUGGGCCAGAAAGCGAUCUAAUCUUUGUACUUACGAGUGUUGGAAAUGCGAGAGGCCUGGGCAUCUUGCUGAAGAUUGUUUGGUGACAACAAGUGACCAGGUGGUGGAUGGGUGGAAGAAGAAUUCAAUACCGAAAGAUCUUCUGGGGCUUUACAGAAGAUGCCAUCAGAUAGGUAAAAACCUGUCAGCAGCAUACUGCAAUGUGUGCCGCAGCUCUCUAAGUUUGGCAACAUGCAUAAAUUGCAGUGCCAUUCUUUGUGAUAAUGCAGGCCAUUUAGAUGAACAUAUAAGGACGCAUCCAUCUCAUCAGCAAUAUUACUCUCAUAAACUUAAACGCUUGGUGAAAUGCUGUAAACCAACAUGCAAGGUGACUAACAUCAGGGAUCUUAUGGCUUGCCAUUACUGCUUUGAUAAAGCGUUUGACAAGUUUUAUGAUAUGCAUACUGCAACUUGGAAAGGAGCUGCUUUAUCAAUCAUCUGGGGUUCUAUUUCCUGCGAAGAUCAUUUUGGAUGGCAUAGGAUGAAUUGCUUGAAUGCAAAUGUAGAGGAGUCAUCAUAUGUCCUUAAGAGAAAUCCUGAGAAGAACAACUUUGCUCAGCUCAGCGACUUCAUUUUCUGAUAGAAUCCUCAAAGCAAAGUAUCCCCUUCAAAUCGUAAUAAUAUAAAUCUUACAAUGAUAGGGCAAGGUGGGACGAAUGGGGAUUUCACUUAAUAUUCUUGCAUAUAGGUGAUGUGGCAUUAGUCCAGUAAUAGAGGAUAAGCAUCUGAAAGUGCAAGUGUUUCUUCCAAGGACUUCUGCGGACAUGUUAUUUAUGUUGCCAUGCUAACCGUAGAUGCCAACAUGGGCUUGGGAGGCGAUGUAGAUGCUGAGAGACGCUUUAUUGUUCUGACACUAUAACCAGCUUACAGGAAGACAAUUGCAGUUGGGGACUUCGAUGAUGAUAUAAGUGAGUUAGGGAGAUGCAGGUUUGACAUGUAAAUAUAAGCAGUUUUCUAUAUUUUGUGCAUACAGAAAAUGAUCAUGUUUUAAGUCUUCGAAUUUGAUCAUUGGGAAGUCAGAAUAAAGGUCCCCAAGGGUGAAACAAGCUGUAA